AGCGGAUAGCGGGCGCGAAUUCGAUAGCCGGGUUAGUGGUCGUUCCCAUCAGUUGUGUGUGAGUGCGGGUAUUGCAAAGCAGCAACGCGGGGUGUCUACGAUGUCUAAAAGGAAAAGCACCCCCGUCAAUGAAAAUCCCCAAAAGCGAUCCAGAUCUCUGAAUGAAGGUGAAAAUGCUGCUGACAGUGACCAGGAAGAUUCGUCUCUGAGUAAUUGUGUUGCUGAGGUGGUGAGCGAUGCUGGGAUUGUAGAAAGCAUCACACUGAAGAAUUUUAUGUGCCACUCGCUCCUUGGCCCGUUUACCUUUGGCUCCAAUGUCAACUUUGUUGUGGGCAACAAUGGAAGUGGAAAGAGCGCCGUUCUUACAGCUCUCAUAGUUGCCUUAGGCGGGAAUGCCCAGGCUACAAACAGAGGAUCAUCCCUCAGGGGUUUCGUGAAGGAAGGAGAAAGUUCAGCUGAUGUUUCUAUCACCUUGCGUAACAAAGGAAGGGAUGCUUACAAACCGGAAGUGUAUGGUCCAGCUAUUAUUGUAGAUCUAAGGCUAACUCGUGAUGGGAUUAGAACAUAUAAACUGAGAAGCAGAUCAGGUCAGCUAAUCUCGACCAAAAAAGAAGAGCUGAUUUCUAUUCUGGACAAUUUCAAUAUUCAGGUCAACAAUCCUGUGUCAGUUCUCACUCAGGAAAUGAGCAAAUACUUCCUGCACUCUAAAGGAGAGGGAGACAAGUAUAAGUUUUUUAUGAAAGCCACCCAGUUGGAACAGAUGAGAGAAGACUUUAUCUACAUUAAAACCACCAAGCAUCUCACAGAGGAUAAAGUUGAGCAACACAGUGAAUGCUUGAAAGACCUCAAACGGAAGUACCUGGAGAAAGAGGACCGUUACAGGAGCUUAGCUUCACUUGAUGAAAUGCACACCAAGCUGGAGGAGUUGCAGAAGCAGAUGGCUUGGGCUUUGGUGACUGAGAUGGAGAAGGAACUAGAGCCAAUGAAGGAGAAGCUGCAGGCAGACAGACAUUCCACAGAGAAAUAUGACGAGAAAGUGAAUGAAUGGAAGAAUAAGGUCGAGGAUGCAGAGAAGAAAUACAAACAGAUUCAGGAACAGCUGGAGGGUAUCACCCAGCAAGUCCAGGAGCUCCAGCCUAAAUGUGCUGAGCUCAAGGCUGAGGCACAGAAAUGCAACACCCGCUUAAAGUCCAGUGAGGUCACAGUCCACAGAUGCAAAGUCAACCUGAGGGACCUGGAAAAGGACAAAAUUCAGCUGUUGUCAAGGAUAAAAGAUCUCAAGCUGAGCAUCAGUCAGAAAACAGGAGCAGAGAGUAAAGCCAGGGCGGAACGGAUUGAGCAGAUUCAGGCUGAGCUGGAAAACCUGAACCAUCAGAUCUCUACUCUGGGCCAGCAGAUUGACCAGUAUCAGCAUGCCAUUUGUCGCACCAAAGAAGAACAAGGAAAGAUGAGGCGAGAGCAGGAGGGUCUCCAGAAGUCCAUUGAAGUCAACAAAAGGAACCUGCAGACAAUGGAGAGCAGCCGCUCCAAUCGGCUUCGGCGUUUUGGAGAGCAGAUGCCUGCGCUGCUUAAUGCCAUUCAGGACACUCACAGAAAAGGCCUGUUCAAGCACAGGCCUCGUGGACCUUUGGGUUUCCUAAUUAGCCUGAAGGACCCAGAGCUCGCCCUUGCUGUAGAAGUAUGUCUUAAAGGCCAGCUGCUUGCCUUCACUUGUGACAACUAUGAAGAUGAGAAGGUUCUGCAGGGCCUCAUGGCCAAAGUGCUUCAAGGAGGUCGCAGACCUGCUAUCAUAACUAGCAACUUCCUCCAACAAGUUCAUGAUACGCGAAAAAGAGCUGUCAAUCACCCGAACUACCCCUCCGUGCUUCAGGCUCUAGAAAUCGAGGACCCAGUUGUGGCCAACUGCCUGAUCGAUCAGAAGGGCAUAGAGAGCAUUCUGCUUAUUAAGAAUCGAACAGAGGCUCGGAGAGUGAUGCAGGGCAAAAGUCCUCCCCCAAACUGCAUCCAUGCUUUCUCUAAGGAUGGCGAUCAGAUCUUUACUAACCGUAAUUAUGCUGCUGAGCAGACCAGAGCCAACUAUCUCUCAGGAGAUGUUGAGGAGGAGAUCAGACACUUACAGAGGGAGCUGGAAAACCAGAAAGCUCACGCAAUGCUCUUCCAGCAACAGAUGAGGAAGUUGGAUGAAGACAUCAGACAAAAUGAGGGGCUACUAAGAAGAGCCCAUGUAGAGCAGAAGACUACUAAAGAAAAGGCUACAAAUUUGCAGCUAGAGCUCACAGACCUACAAAAUGUUGAAGAGCCUCAGUCAGAGGACCUCAGGCCUCUGGAGGAGGAUCUCCAGGAGAUUAUUGCUAAGAUCACAUCCAAGCAUGCUGAGUGCGAUGAGGCACGAGCCCAGAUGGCUGAACUCAAGGCCUCUUAUGAAACGGCAGAGCAGGAAUACAAGCAACACAAGGAGCGCAUCAACACUAUCGCAGAGGAAGCUGAUUCAGUCAAGGAGGAUCUCAGUAAAACUGACCAGGAGGUGAUAAAAUGCAAGCAUCACAAGAGACACUAUGAUGAGAAACGCAGUGCCCAUCUCCGCAGCAUCCAGACUCUUGAAGCCAACCUUAAAAGCAAAGAGAAGGAGUAUGAGACCUCAGUGGCCAAAGCCAAAGAGAUCUGUCUGGAACGUGUGGAAAGCCGCCGGUCAGCCAAGAGCCUGGACAGUGAGAUCAGCCGUCUCAAAGUUAAGAUCACUUCCCAGAAGGAACAGCAGGGGGACCGCGAGGAGAUUGUGAAGCAGUACCAUGAGGCUCUGGAGAGCUACAAGAACAUGACGCAGCAAAUGAAGAACCUCAACAGCUUCAUCAAAAGCCUCGACAGUGUUAUGAACCACAGACUCCAGGCAUACGCUGAGCUCAGGAGGUUUCUGUCAGCCCGCUGUAAAUACUACUUUGACAGCAUGCUUGCCCAGAGAGGCUACAGUGGAAGUAUGACCUUUGACCACAAGAAUGAAACCCUCUCAAUCUCCGUGCAGCCAGGCCAAGGAAACAAGGCUGACUUGAGUGACAUGCGCUCCCUGUCCGGGGGCGAGCGCUCUUUUUCCACUGUUUGUUUUGUCCUCUCUCUUUGGGCCAUCACAGAGGCGCCUUUCCGCUGUCUUGAUGAGUUUGAUGUUUACAUGGACAUGGUGAACAGGAGGAUAUCUAUGGACAUGAUGCUGAAGGUGGCAGCCAGUCAGCGCUACAGACAGUUCAUUUUCCUAACCCCCCAGAACAUGAGUUCUCUUCCAGAGAGUAGUAUCAUUCGCAUCCUCCGCCUCAAAGAUCCAGAUCGUGGCCAGAGGAACUCACAGAGAAGUCAAGACGAGGACCAAUAAUCUUGCUAACUCUGUUUAACAGAAUAGGACCAUCACGUGCCUCUGAAACGCUGAGACCUUCGAAAGUGUUUUUAAUAGUGAAGGCGUUCAGUCACAUACUCUUCCUUACUUAUCAGCUGAGCUUCAGUUUUGCGAAGCCUCAGAUCUGUUCAUGUAAAUAAGAAUAAUUGUUCAAUUUUGUGCUGUUUGUCAAAUGUUUGCUCUCCAACACUGAAUUCAGAUGGUAAAAUGUAAAUACAAUUCACUCUGUAUAGGGAGGGAGUGUUUUUAUACCAACUGCAAAAAUAACUUAAAGGACUUGAAAAUUGGCACAUUGAGGGAGUAAAUGGCAGGAGAUUUUUUUUUUAAUUAAAUGCAGUUAAAAGGGGUUUAUUUAUUUUUUUGAUGGGAGCAUUAUUAUUUUUUUUUUCUUAAGCACAUGGAGCUUCAUGGAGGCUUUUUCUAUCUCAGGUUUGCUUGAUCCAAGCAAGCGUAUCAAGGUGCUGCUAAAGAAACCUAAAACAAAGUUGGCAGUGUCAGAAUUUUGAGCACCUCUUUGAUAAUUUAAAAAAAAAAAAAAAAAGUGUCUUCCUAAAGGUUUCUUUGAUGGUUGAUGCUGUGUCAAGUAAUAAUGAUCAUUUGGAUUUAUAUUAUGCUGCCUCUGUCCAUAAGGUUGCGGGGGGUGUGUGGUAAUGAGUGGUGGGCUGGAACCCAUUUCAGCUGACACAAAGCCAGAGGUGUGUACACCCUGUAUGGGUUUGCCCAUCACUCAUUGUUGUUUGCCUAUAUUAUGUAUAUUGUAAUAUCUAUUGACUGACAGGUUUCCCAGGAUUUAUUUGAAUAUUUUAGGGAUAAUCCCUCACCUCCACUGACACUUGGACUGGUACCCUGUUGAUCAAUAUAAUAA